AUGCACCAGCUACAGUCCCAAGAUAUCGGCCUUGUUUCCCCUCAAGAUCAGAAAACAAGCCAGACAGACACCGGCAAGGCUAAUGGUAGUCAAACUGCAAUCUACGUACUCGACUCCCAUCAGGAGUGUGAUAAUGCUAUCGUCACACACCCAGGUCUGGAGAAGAACACGUCUUCCCCAUUGACAGCGUUUGGCCUGGCCUUCUCCGUCAUAAACAGCUGGGUGGUUCUCGUUGUCGGCCUCGGCUCGGGUCUGGUCUCAGGCGGACCUAGUGUUUUGGUUUGGGGGUUCGCCUACGCUUCUAUCUGUAAUCUUGCAACUGUUUUAUCCCGCUGUGAAAUCUUUUCCGUAUACCCUUCAGCGGCUGGACAGUAUCAUUGGGCCGCUUUUCUCACACCUCCAAGAUGGAAGAAUCCUGUCAGCUGGAUUACAGGUACACUCAAUAUCAUCGGGCUGUGGCUUGGAGGCGCAACAGCUGGAUACUUAUCUACCCUCCUUCUCUCGUCAGCAAUAUUGGUCAAUCAUCCCGACUUUAUCCUCACACCUGCUAGGCAAUAUGGAAUAUUUGCUGCCAUCGUGGUCGUCGGUCCCUCCGUGACUCUCUGCCUGGGAACACGCGGAAACAGAUUAUUGGAUCAAGGGCUUAUGUUGGUGUCAGUGCUGUGUGCAUGUGCUAUCGUGGUCACUCUGCCUGCCACUGCCGACGUCAAAGCUUCUGCGUCAUCUGUGUUUGGUGGAUUGAACAAUGCAACAGGAUGGAACUCGAUGGUCAUCGCUUGGCUUCUGGGUGUCCUGCAAUCCGCUUUCGCCUACCUUGGAUUCGACCUCAUUUAUCACAUCUCCGAAGAGAUGCCGCAUCCUCGAACUCAAGGCCCUAGUGCUGUCAUCUGGACCAUUAUUGUCAGUGCUGGAUCGGGCAUGGCAGUACUUUUAGCCAUCCUCUUUUGUAUCCCAAGCCUGGACAAUGUCAUUUCCACUCCUCUGCCUUUUGCACAGGUUUGCCUCGAUGCUACCGGCUCAAGAGUAGCUACAACAAUAUUCUUGGUCAUACCGUCUGUCUUAUUCACCAACUCUGUUCGCGGUAUAGUUAUCACUGCUUCACGUGUUUUAAUGUCCCUUGGUAGAGACAAUGUACUUCCCUACGCCAAGAUCUGGUCCCUAACGCUCAGAGGUGAGCCGAUAUAUGGCCUGGUAGUCAGUACCGCUGUCCCCUUGAUAUGUGGCCUAGUGCAACUUGGUUCCUCUUCGACGUUCAAUUCGCUCCUCGGAGCUGCCACCAUUGUCUUUGAGGUGUCGUAUGCCAUCCCAGCCGGCUUGAUGCUGCUCGGUGGGCGGACAAAGCUGAAUGUAUCAGCACCUAAUCGGACCUCAAACCUUGGUCGAUGGGGCAUUCCCUGCAAUCUCAUCACAGUAUUUUUCGUUACCCAGUCCACCGUCAUCUACUGCUUUCCGCCCGCUUUGCCUGUGACUGCAGCAAGUAUGAGCUAUGUCGUGGUUUUCGUCGGAGGCUUUGCUGUUUUGAUGACUGCUUUGUGGUUCCUAUGGGCAAGGAGACGAUAUGUGGCUCCGAGUGAAGAGGCGAUUUUAUCAAUCAUUGACGGCCUGGUAACACAUCCUCCCUACUAA